UUUAUAGCCUAGAUCAGACAGCAGAAAUUGAAGAGAGGAGCCACUUGCCCACAUGAUGGCUCCAUUUGAGAAACCACAGCAGCCCAAGUCCUUCAAGCAGAGAAAAAGCUUUGCCACGAGAAAACAGGAGGUCGCGGGGAUCCGAACAAAGUUUCCAACAAAAAUUCCGGUUAUCAUUGAAAGGUAUCAACGGGAGAAGUACUUGCCGCCUCUUGAUAAAACGAAAUUCCUGGUCCCCCAAGAACUUUCCAUGACUCAGUUUGUCACCAUUAUAAGAAAUCGUAUGUCUCUGAUGCAGAGUCAAGCGUUCUACCUGCUUAUCAAUAAUAGUGGCCUGGCCAGCAUGUCUCUUACCAUGGCGCAAGUCUACAAGGACCACAAAGAUGACGAUGGCUUUCUCUACAUGACCUAUGCUUCUCAAGAAAUGUUUGGUAAUUGUGUUUAAGUCCACGAGGAGUCAUUACCAAUUGCUGGAAAUGUUUGAGAAGACAUAAAUUGCAGGAUUGGAUAAUGUGAGGCCUCGGCUUUUGGCAGGCCCAAUAACUGAACUUCGUGUAUAGAUAUAAAAUGCAAUAUAUGGAUAUUUAAUAUUACU